AUGGUCAGGAAACGAACCCGUUCUUCGAAAAAACACUACGAAAGCGAAGAGGAGAAUGACAGCGAUCUAGACAUCAAUUUGGAGGAGGUUUCAAACACUUUGGCCCCGAAAAAGUACAGUUUACGACAAAGAAAGCGACCCCUCUUCACAGAAGCUUUCGACGAUGAUUUUGAAGACGCCGAAGAAAUUCAUCAGCUUAUCCGUAAAAAGCAUUCAGAUGACGAAGAUUUUGAGGUGGAAAGAGAAAUAGUUGAGCUCCAAGAAGCUGCUAAAACCCUCCCAAAAACUCCAAGACCUCACCAUCAUGUCGCACGUAAAAAAACACCGAAAACAGAAAAUACAGAGGUGACAGAAGACACUUAUUAUGAGCCCCCACCAGAGGUGGAACACCAAAAUGAAGAGGUAGACGGAAUGAUCGACUUUGAAGAUAUGAUUCGAGCAGAUAUCGUUGUAAAUAAGAACAGAAUUGAUUACGACAAUGUAAUAUGCAGAUCAGAAAUCAAAGUAGAUCCUGCCGAUGAAAAUCCCUAUCCUAAAAGAAAACGCAAGCCAAGGAAAAGGUGCGAGGAAGAAAUAGAUAGUAGUCUUUUAGAACCUGAAAUGGAAAUGGAUGAAGCAGAAUUUGAUGAUGAUGAAAACGAUAAAGAUUACAAUCCUGCAGAUGAUUUGAUGUUGCCUUCAGAGUGUUUACAGACCGAAAUACAAGAAUCGGAUGCGCCUAUUGAUGCUGCAGUGAAUGGUAGCACAGAGAAUGGGUCAACAACUGAGCAAACAUGUUUAGCGAUCAUUGAUAAAUUCUCAGUUGAAAAUGAUGGUCCAAGUCUUUCAGAGCAGAUUGUAACACAAACCACUGAAGUUCCAAGUGUUGUUCCUGAAGAAAUUUUAGAAAUCGACAAACGAAAUCUUGUAGAGGAGACACAAUCAGACAUUCCUCAAAAAAAUGAGCAACAAGAGACAGACAGGAAAUUAGAAGUUCCACCUGUCAAAUCAAAUGGCAGCUUAGCUGCAGUCGCUAUUCAGAAGACAGAGACGAUUAUUGAUGAAGUGAUGAUAGUUGAAGAUAGUGAAGAAGAAGCAGAGAGUGAUGAUGAUCUUAUUAUCAUAGAACCUAAAUAUGAGGUUGUCGUUGUAGAUGACUAA